AUGGGGAUUUCCCCCCUGAGUGCGGACGGCAUGGACUUUGAUCAAUCCAGCGCCGAGUUCGUCCACUGGUUCACCGCGGCUGAUGGAACUCGGCUAAGUCACAAGGUGCAGUUGCGGGAUCUGAGGAGGACAAACGCUGGGAGAGCAGCCGUGGCGAUACAAGACAUCGCGGAAGACGAGGAGCUGUUCGCAGUGCCUCGAUCAAUGGUGCUCACGACGACGACAUCAAACAUCCCACCUUCAGUUCUCCAGUCCCUGGAAGACACCGGAGCAUGGCCACCCUUGAUUGUCACCAUAAUCUAUGAAUUCCUUCGGAAAGACAAAUCUCCAUGGCACCCAUACUUCAAAGUCCUUCCUACCACUUUCGAUACUCUUAUGUUUUGGAACAGUGCUGAGCUCGCCGAGUUACAAGCCAGUGCAGUAGUCCACAAGAUUGGAAGAGAGCAGGCUGAGGAGUUGUGGCGGCAGACCAUCAUCCCUGUCAUGCUAGCACAUCCUGGUCUGUUUCCUGUCCCCGGAGCCACCCCAUCCGAACGAACUGCGGAGCUGAUCAAGCUUGCACAUAUGGCUGGCAGCUUGAUCAUGGCAUACGCUUUUGAUAUCGACAGGGACGACCCGAAACCCGAUGAUGGCGACGCCUCGUCUGAGGACGACUUUGAAGAGGACGAUGAAGACGAGCCGUUUAAGGGCAUGGUGCCCUUCGCUGAUAUGCUGAAUGCGGAUGCCGACAGAAAUAACGCUCGCCUGUUUCAAGAAACGGACUAUCUUGUCAUGAAGGCCACCAAGCCAAUAUCUGCAGGCGAGCAGAUUUUCAAUGAUUACGGCCCCUUGCCACGCUCUGACCUUGUUCGAAUGUAUGGGUACACCACCGACAACUAUGCCCAAUUUGAUGUCGUCGAGUUCUCACAUCACCUUCUCCUGGAGGUGGCUGGGAAGAAACACAACAAGGAGAAUAAAGCAUGGCUAGACCGUGAGCAGCAGCUUGAUGAAAUCGGUCUCAUUGACGAUGGUUAUUCCAUUCCCCGGCCCGAUCCAAAUGUGCGGCGCCUGGAAGACACCCUGUCUGGGCAGCUACACAUGCUUCUGCGAGCGCUCUGUGUACACGAAAAUGACGCCAAAGCCGUCAAGAAGCCGAAGGACGCAGUCACAAUCGAGGAAGCCGCCCUGCUACAAGCGGUGCUCACCAAGAAGUUGUCAGAGUAUGGCACUAGUCAUGAAGCGGACCAGGCCAUCCUGGAUGCAUUGCACUCCAACUCCACAACCUCUACCGUGCCAGCCGCUUGUGACCCACGGCGAUACUCUAUGGCACUCCAGGUCAGAAUGGGCGAAAAAGAGGUUCUGCGGCAGUUGAUUAUCCUAUGCCAGUCCCACAUCAAGCAAAAGUCCGAAGAACUGGCCGUUGGCCAGUCCAAGCGAAAGUACGAUUCCAACACGGAGAUCCUUUCAGAAAAGGCAGCGAAAAAAGAAAAGCAUCGAUGA